UGUGCCUGGACUCAGAGAAACUGCCUCCAGACCUGAAGACACAAACUGUGGGAUCACAGACAUCAAAGAGAAAAUUCAACCACCAAUCGAAACGAGGCGCUCCGAUCAGUCCCUCAACUGAGAGAAAGUCAGUGGGAACGGAAGACUGAAUAGACUCAGGUGAGAGGUCAUUAGUGGAACGCCACAGAAGUGAGCGACUCUGGUUACGCUUGUGAGGUAAAAGGGAAGGAAUAGAUUAGUGUCGGAGCUAAAGAGGACAGGGCAGACAAGUGAUAUACAGAAAGAGUAGAUUCACCUCUGCGAAAACCACCUUCCUGGAGGAAGAACCAGAUAAAGACAGAAAGAAGUUUCCAGGUAUCUGUGGUCAAGCUCAACAUGUAUUUCUUGGCUAUGUUGUGGGCUUCCUGCCUACUGAUGGGCACCCAUGCUCAGGGCAGCGCAAGUUUUCGCCGGGCGAAUGCUGGUAGUGGACGUUGCCAAUACACCUUCAUGGUGGACAGCCCUACAGAGGCCAGUUGUCCAUCAGCAGGUUCAAGUCCCGAGGUAGAGGCACUGAAAUCUCGCCUGGGGCUGUUAGAGGCGCUGGUUGCCCGCCUCGCAGGAGGGGAAGCCAUGUCAGAGUCGUCACAUGGCUCCGGAUCUCAGUCAGGUCUCCAGGACGCAUACAACCAGGCGAUGGGGGAGAACGCCCGGCUCCAGAGAGAGAAGCAGAGACUGGACAGACAGGUUCAGGACCUGCAGCAGAGGAUGGAAGAGCUCCGCCAGGAGGCUGAGAGGUUGAGGAGCAGACCAUGCAUGCAGCAGCCUCCUCCAAGAGUGCCCCAAAAUGACAACAGCUUCAGACCAGGAUCAGGACCUGCAGUCUCCCAACUGGUAUCAAGGCCUGGGACCACACAAGGAGACAAAAGCAGUUUAAGAGAUCCUGCAUGGCAUUACGAGAAUCCUGGAUACCAGGAGGUGACGGCUGUGAUCACUGAGGUUUCUGCCCCAAAUCAGGAAGGUCCAGCAGACAUCCCAGGCUGUGGUGAUCUGGUGUGGGUAAAAGAGCCAGAGGUGCACCGCAAGGCUGACAGCAUUGCUGGUAAAUACGGUGUCUGGAUGCAAGACCCAGAAGCUAAAGAACCUUAUGGUGCAGAGAUGGUAUGGCGCAUUGAUUCCGUAGGGUCUGAAGUGCGUCAACUCUUCGGCUAUGAAAACAUGGACCAGCUGUCACGUGGCUUCCCCACUAAAGUCCUCCUCUUGCCCGAGUCUAUGGAAAGCACAGGUGCCACCAUGUACAGAGGCUCCUUGUACUACCAACGGAGGUUCAGCCGCACCCUUCUAAGAUACGAUCUACUCUCUGAGAGCAUUGCUGCCCGCCGUGAUCUUCCCCAUGCUGGCUUCCAUGGCCAAUUCCCCUACUCCUGGGGAGGCUACACAGACAUUGACCUGGCAAUAGAUGAGAAUGGUCUAUGGGCCAUUUACAGCACCAACAAAGCCAAGGGGGCUAUUGUCAUCUCCCAGCUGGACCCUCACAACCUGGAGGUGAAGGGCACCUGGGAGACUAAAAUCCGCAAGACAUCCGUGGCUAAUGCUUUUAUGAUCUGUGGCAAGCUGUACACUGUUGCUAGUUACACCUCACCAAACACCACCAUUAAUUACAUGUACGACACCGCAACCAGCCAGGGUAAAACAAUCUCAGUGCCAUUCAAAAACCGCUAUCGCUACAACAGCAUGGUAGACUACAACCCAACGCAGAGAAAGCUAUAUGCUUGGGAUAACUUUUACAUGGUAUCUUAUAAUGUGAGACUAGGCAAGCAGGAGUAAAGUGAAGACAUCAGCGUUAAGUUUCUAUAUCACCCAGCUUAUAGAUGCGUUUUGUAAUGUCUUAAUAUUUUACCAUCUGGAGGGACAGCUUUUGUUGGAUUUACUGGAAUUCAAGACAAUAAUAGACAACUGGACAAGAAUCGACUAUAAUUAUGCUGAUGACAUUAUUCCUAGCACCAGCAGUAGGUAUAAACCGUAUAAUGAAUACAGCAAAUAUAACAUUUUCCUGAUCAUAUUCAAGUACAAAGACUUCUAUAUACUUAUUUUCAAGACAACAGACAAUAAACACCAGUGACUACAUUGCAAAUCUUCACAUAAAAAAAAAUAUAUAUAUUUUUGCAUCUUUAAAUGCUAUAAAAGAUAUUCCAUUGACUAAUGAAUUCCAAAAUGGAUAAAGUAUAGAGUAUAUCAGGUUUUUAAUAAAUUGAGGCCACAUUUACAUCCUCAAUGAUUUUGUCCACUUAACAUGUUAAUAGAGAAAUUAUUUUUCUACCUUUAUAAGUAAUGUCUCGUCUAUUUUGUUUACCGCACUGAAAAUUUCAAGGAAGGGGGGAAAUAUAAUGGCAUGCAAUUCAUUACAGUAGGCCUGCCUCUUGAUUGAUAGAUUGCACAGAGGUAUGCAACUUUAAAAACCAUAAAACUUUGCUUGUGUACAUGCUCCUUACAUAAUUAUGCUAUCGUAACUCUGUAUAUGUUGAACAUUUUCCCUUCUCUCUUUUGAAUUUGCUUCAAGCCUUGUGUGCAGCUUGAGACGUUAAGAUUGGAAUCUUGUGGCUAUGGAAGUGUAUUAACUUAUAUGAAAAUAAAGAUUUAAAAAGUC